CUCAGGAAUGCAGCUCGUCAACAACUGUUAGCUUUCGUUUCGCAUCAGCUGGAGCUGUCGGCGGCUGAUAGAAGUGGCCACGGGCUGUCUGUCACUGUUUCCAGCCACAGAGGUGCCAAAAACCAACAGUAUGGCCACAGCGCAGUCUGUGUUGCUGCUAGCAGUGCAUGUUCUGCUGAUCUCUGAGUUCAUCCUGGCCAAGAGAGACUACUACGACAUACUGGGGGUGCCCAAAGAUGCCACUGAGCGCCAGAUCAAGAAGGCCUUCCACAAACUGGCCCUGAAAUACCAUCCUGACCGAAACAAGGGCACAGACGCUGAGGCCAAGUUCAGAGAAAUAGCAGAGGCAUAUGAGACCUUAUCAGAUGACAAGAGGAGACGAGAGUAUGACCAAUAUGGCCAUGGCCCUUCUCCAGGGGAGGGCCAUAGAGGAGGAGGCAGAGGAGGUGGCAACUACAACUUCAACCAGCACUACCAGUCCUUCAACUUUGAUGACAUUUUCAAAGACUAUGACCCUUUUGGUCAGCAACAACGACACCAACACCACUUUCACUCCCAUUCCCAAAAUCAAAAGAGACACUUUGACAGCCACUUCCAGGCCCACCGGGAGACUAUGAACAGGCAGAGGAGACAGUUUCAGCAGGGAGGCUUCGGUGGAGGACUCUUUGACGAUAUGUUUGAGGACUUGGAGAAGAUGUUCUCCUUUAAUACGCACAGUUCCAGGACUGACAGCAGAUUCCAGAGCUCGGGAAAGCAGCACUGCAGGACAGUGACCCAGCGUAGGGGGAACAUGGUGACCACCUUCACUGACUGCUCCUGAGACAAGCCGAAAACAGUGCUCUACAAAGUGCAGCCACUUGGAAUUGAUUGCUAAUUUAUCACUUGGUGGAACAGAGAAUGGUUUUUGUGUGGCUUUUGUAAUUUUCUGUGUGUAAUUUCCUCUAGGAACAAAUAUCCGUGCUGGCCUGAUAAACGGCUGUUUCCAAGCAAUAACUCACUCACAUUACUGCUCACAGUUCAGUAAUAAGUCUUCAGUUCUCUCAGAUACCUCCCCAUUAUUUAGCUUUCCAGGUUUGUUUACUUGUGUUCAGUUUUUUUAAAGGUACAAUCUACUAGACUCAGGUAUGGCCUAUUUAAAUGAAAAAGACUAUUUCUUUCUUUUGUGAGCAGUGAGGCAAUAAGAUUUACCAAACAUCAGUUGUGACAUUGUGAAACAUUCAUUCUACAGCUGAUUAGGCCAUACUAUUGUCAUGCUGUCUACAACAUGAACCUUUUGCUACUAUAAAACCAGACUAUGCUGAACUUAGCAUUAUGUACUGCUAGAUUUGUACAUGUAAUUUCUUGGUUUUUAUUCAUUAGCUUUAAGAUUCAAUUACAUAGCUAAAGUAAUACAAAUUUGGAUUUAUAGCACUUGCAUCAAAAUUUGCUGUGAAAAUGGAGCUUCACAGAUGUGUGCAAGUUUGCCAUUAUCAACUGUUACCUCGUUUUAGUGUGUUUCUACAGUUGCAUCUACCUUUACUAAGUCAGGGUAGGAAAAUAACAUCAGUCCCAUGACAAAUGCUGGUAAACUUAGCCACGUGCUAAUGUCUGUGUACUCUCUCAGCUGUUUUGUAACCAGUUGUUUUGAUGGUUACAUUUGCCAGUGAAGCUGAAUGGUCUGAAAAGUUAAGUUUCCUCAACUGAUCAUAAUGUGCAAUAUUUAGCACCUUUGCUCUUCAUGUUGCCUAUGGUUCAUAGACAGUGCUAUGUUAAUUUCAUUGUCUAAUGUCGGCACUUUUUGAGUGUAUGUGUGUGUGUGUGUGUUUGUCUGCUCACUGAGAGUGCCCUGAAUGUUGAUUGGUUGCAUAAUGUUUGAAGAAUGAAUAAAAAGUUACAAGA